AUGGAUAUUAUAAAUGCGAAUCGUCGCUUACAAGAAACGAUUAGCAAAGUUCAAUCAUCGCUUGCUGUAGUUGCCGUUGUCUUUAAGAAAUUUUUACCAAUAUUUCGCUCGUUAUUCGAAAUUUCAUCUUUUGACGAAAAAGGAGGAAUAAAUAAUAAACAAAUUUUUCAACUCAAUUGGAUUUUAUUUAUUGCAUUAAGAAAACAGUUUGUUAAUGAAGAUCUCAUGAAUAAUUUCCAUUUAUUAUUGUGUUGUGUUGAUUAUAUUUUUCAUGAUCUUAUAAAAACUGGUAAUGCGAAACUUUUGAAGCGAGAUUUUGUAAAACAUGUCGAAAAUGAUGUUUCUUCACUGGAAUUUUUCUGCCACUCAUUUGGUGGUGUGGUUCUUGAUUCAAAACAUUUUCGAGUUCAUUGUUUUUUACCUCGCAUGCGAAAAUUGAUGGCUGAUGGUGUCAUUUCAACGAAUUCUGAUUUGUCACAUUUCACGACAAACAUAAGCUCCAAUUUGUGCAAACUUAGUGAACUGUAUGAAGAAGAGAUGGGAAAAAGGGGGGAAAUGGAUGAGCGAAUAUUCAUUCCUUCAGAUCUGAAUUCUAUUUUCGAUGAAGCUUUUGACGGUAGUGCGAUUGAGCGAUUACGAAGAACUGAAUCAGAUGACGGAUGGGAAUUUGAUGCUGAACUUUUGCUACGUAUGAGCACUCAAAGUUGUUUGGAGAGACUAAGUGAGCAAAGGCAUCAACGUACACCACUUAGUGGGAAUAGCUAUAUAAUCGCUGGAGAUCAGUAUUGUCCUGUCACACCUGUAUCAGGAUCAUUAUAUAAUGCAACCAAAAUGGAUAUUUUGCUUAACGGUGGAUUCAAGUUUGAAGGUAGCCACAUUGAGCAAAUUAUGUUGCAGUGUCGUGAGAAUCCAACCGCCUUCAUUUCAAACUGUGUUCGAUUAUUGGGUGACAAAUUCGAAAACGCAGUCGCAGCUGAAAAGAAAUCAAAAGGAGCUGAUUUUGACUCUUCAUUCACCGAAAUGAUUAGUUUAAGGCGCUUAAAUACUGAUACAUUAUUUUAUCGAUUUCUUGAAAAAAUUGCUAUCAGUGAAGGAGAACGAACUCAUUCUUCAGAUCGUUGUGAUUUAUCUAAUGUGCUGAAUAAACAUGAAUUGAUAGCUUCAAUUUAUGCAUGUGCAGUUCAAUUGAUUCUUUUCACAUAUGAUAGUGAACGUGAAUUUCCAUGGUGUUUGGAAGUAUUACGCCUCUCACCUGUACAUUUCUAUAAAGUAAUUGAACUAGUGAUUCGUGCUGACCCUGAACUUUCUCGCGAAAUGGUCAAGCAUCUUAAUAGGGUAGAAGAGCGAAUUUUGGAAGAAUUGGCAUGGAGUUUGGAUUCUCCCUUAUGGCAGGCAUUAGCUCGGCGUGCAGAUGGUGUACCUUCUAGUCAGUCUGUAUCAUUAAAUACAAUUGAAGGCUAUAGUGCACGUCACCAAAAUGCAUAUGGGCUUUCACGUUAUAAUUCGUCACCAUUAAAAAUUCGUAAAGGCUUAGCUACGAAAAGGCGAUUUGAUUACGAUGAUGAUGUCCAAGGACCAAGUCACAAGCAUAUUGCCGUUGAACAAGAAUUCGGUGCCGCUUUAACUCCUACUACUCUUUUUUUUCGCAAAGUUUACUAUUUGGCUGCCAUUAGAUUGAACGAUAUUUGUGAACGUGUGCGUUUAGACGAAAAAUCUCGUCAACGAGUGUGGACUUUAUUUGAACAUGUGCUAAGAACGGAAACGUCACUUAUGGCUGGACGUCAUUUAGAUCAAAAUCUUAUGUGUUGUCUCUACGUUAUUAGUAAAAUUGGAAAGCAAGAUAUAUCAUUUCAUGAUAUUAUGUAUCAUUAUCGUCAACAACCACAAGCUUGUUCCCGAGUUUAUAGACGUGUUCUUAUCGAUCAUAGCCCGUCGCCAACUGUGACGUCAGAUGAUAAUACAUCGCGUGAUUCAGUUGGAUCAAAUUCUUGUGGGAAAUUUCGUUCACAAUCGACUUUGCCGGUUCCUGGCAAUACAAGCAAUGCUUCUUCUACUCCUGAACCACAGAAUCAUGAUUAUGAGGAUCUCAUUAAAUAUUAUAAUCGUAUUUUUGUUAACAGAGUAGAAUAUUUUGUCAAAAAGCUGCAACCAGGAUUACUGGAUAAUAAAGAGUGUGAGAUAUCUUUGUUACCCAUGCCUACGAUACGCUGUCAUACAUUAUCACCUCGGCGUGUUAUUACUGAUCGUGUUACCGUUUUACCAAUGUCGCCUUUACCUUCUUCACCAGCUCGUCCCGUUCGUUAUAGUUUUAAUCGAAGUCCCACCAAGCCAUUAAUCAGUCCUGUUCCUCACAGUAUCGUACGACCGGUCUCAUAUCAAAUUGGAACUAUACCUUCCGCGUACCGCUAA